AUGCCUAGCUCCCUCGACCAACUCAAGGCCUCUGGCACCACCGUCGUCGCCGACUCUGGUGACUUCGCUACCAUCAAGAAGUACCAGCCCCAGGAUGCGACCACCAACCCCUCGUUGAUUCUCGCCGCGUCUAAGAAGCCCGAGUACGAGAAGCUCAUCGACGCGGCCGUCGCAUACGGCAAGAAGAACGGCACAGACCUCGAGAACCAGGUCGACACCACACUUGACAACCUGCUGGUACAGUUUGGCAAGGAGAUCCUCCAGAUUGUCCCCGGCAAGGUCUCAACAGAAGUCGAUGCGCGCUUCUCUUUCUCCACAGAGCAGUCCGUAAACAAGGCGCUGCACAUCAUCGAUCUCUACAAGGAGAUUGGCAUCGACAAGGAGCGCGUCCUCAUCAAGCUCGCAUCCACAUGGGAGGGUAUCAAGGCUGCUGAGAUCCUGCAGUCCAAGCACGGCAUCAACUGCAACUUGACCCUCAUGUUCUCACAAGUCCAGGCCAUCGCCGCCGCCGAGGCCGGUGCCUACCUCAUCUCUCCCUUCGUUGGCCGUAUUCUUGACUGGUACAAGGCCGCACACAAGAAGGAGUACAAGAAGGAGGAGGACCCCGGUGUCAAGUCCGUCGUGCAAAUCUUCAACUACUACAAGAAGCACGGCUACAAGACCAUUGUCAUGGGCGCAUCUUUCCGUAGCGUCGGUGAGGUCACCGAGCUGGCUGGUUGCGACUACCUGACCAUUGCUCCCAACCUACUUGAGGAGCUUUACAACUCACAAGACGACGUCCCCAAGAAGCUCGUCGCCGAGGAUGCCAGCAAGCUCGACCUUGAGAAGAAGACCUACAUCAACGACGAGGCUGAGUUCCGCUUCUACUUCAACGAGGACCAGAUGGCCGUCGAGAAGCUCCGUGAGGGUAUCUCAAAAUUCGCUGCUGAUGCCAUCACCCUCAAGGACAUCCUCCGCAAGAAGAUCCAGGCCGCAUAA